AUGUGCGAAGGCAACUGCCCGCCGAUGCUUCGUGGGAAUGCAGUAACUCGCGGUCCUUACCUCCCCGCGUGGUCGGGAAUUGUGCCGCAUGUGCUGCUGAGAGAUUGGUUCGACGCAAACGAUGCGUCAUCCGUGGUGAAUUUUUUCGGAUCACCGUGGCUUCGCAAAGCUUUCGAAGCAGCGGAUCGAUCCAAGAGGGGGCAGUUUGUGACUCUUCUGUCACGGGCUGCCUAUGCCGAAGUGCUGCGGCCAGGGGCGCGGGCCCUCAGAGCUCCGUGGCAGAAAGUGUUUGAGAAUUUUCCAGAGUUGGGCAUCUUCCGGGCGCUGCUGACUCAUGUCAGGAGGCGUCUUUGGGAAGAUGCGCGGGAUCGAAGCCGUAGCAGGAGCCGGGAGCGGAAGCCCAAGGAGCCGAAGAAUGAAAAGAAGCAGGAGGGCAUUCGUUUCAUCGUCAAGAAUGCCGGCCUGCUUCCAGCAUCGGAGUUGGAAGAGCACUUUCAAACCUUCGGCAACGUGCUUUCCUGUAACGUGCUCAUCGACAAGCGGACCAAGAAAUCCCGCGGAGUCGCUUUCGUUGCGAUGAGGCCAGAAGGCUACUAUGAGGGUCGGCCGAUUACGGAAGAGAGCAUGAAAGAAUGGGUGUUGCAUGAGACGCACAUUGUGGGGCACAUGAAGCUGGAGGUCACACUGGCCGAGGUCAAGCAGGAGAAGGAGGAGGACGAAGAUCGAAAAAGAGAGGAGCGCGUGGAAGAGAGGAGGCGUUCGCGAGUGGAGAAGGAGCAGCGCAUGAGCCGCACUCUGGGAG